UGUUGUGAAUGCGAAGCAAAAAUUAAAAAACGGAGAGGAAGAGAGAGAGAGAGAGGACACGGGAGCGAAAGUAGAGAGAGAUAGGAGAGGGAAGAGGAGAGAGAUUUGGACUACAAAUCCAACAAGUGCUUUCUUCCUCUCUCUCCUCUGCAUAUUCUUCGCAUCUCUGCAGCUCUCAAUCUCUGUAUCUCUCGCCAGACUCCAUUUUCUUGCCUUGAAAAUUUUCUGCUAAAUCUGCGAAACAGCAAUUCCUUGUGAUCAUACAUCGACAGUUUAAUUUUCGGGUGACCGGGGCCCUGAUCUGGACGUAUACUUUACGGCUGCCGGUACCUAGUAUCCGAGCGUGCCGGGGAAAUGCUCACUUUGGAGAUCGUUUAGAUUCUAUUUUGGAUAGAUUGACAGAUUGCUUGGGGAAAACCAAUGAAAAACGGGAUGAUAGAAUGCAGUGUAUGCCAUUCAAAGUUGGUGUCCCCAACUACCAAAACUGUCUCAAGGGCUUAUGACCGACAUAGAAGCAAGAUAUCAUCAAAGCAUCGUGCCCUCAACAUUUUCUUGGUUGUUGGUGAUUGCAUCUUAGUUGGUUUACAGCCUAUUUUGGUUUUUAUGUCCAAGGUGGAUGGGAGUUUCAAGUUUAGCCCCAUUAGUGUUAACUUUUUGACAGAGGUUGCGAAGGUCCUCUUUGCAAUUGUUAUGCUUCUGUUCCAGGCUAGGCACCAGAAAGUUGGUGAGAAACCCCUUCUCUCAGUUUCUACAUUUGUACAGGCAGCCCGCAACAAUGUUCUCCUUGCUGUUCCAGCACUUCUUUAUGCUAUUAAUAACUAUCUAAAGUUCAUUAUGCAGUUAUAUUUCAAUCCUGCUACUGUAAAGAUGCUGAGCAAUCUAAAGGUUUUGGUGAUUGCUGUUCUAUUAAAGAUAAUAAUGAAGCGUCGGUUUUCCAUAAUUCAGUGGGAGGCUCUUGCUUUGUUGCUUAUUGGGAUUAGCAUAAAUCAGAUGCGUUCUCUACCUGAGGGUACUACCGCUCUGGGUCUUCCAAUAGCAAUGGGUGCAUACGUUUACACAUUGAUAUUUGUAACUGUUCCAUCCUUGGCCUCAGUCUAUAAUGAGUAUGCUCUGAAGAGUCAAUAUGAGACUAGCAUUUACCUUCAGAAUUUAUUUUUAUAUGGAUAUGGUGCUAUAUUCAAUUUUCUAGGAAUCCUGGGAACAGUCAUUAUUAAAGGUCCUAGUAGCUUUGAUAUCCUUGAAGGACAUUCAAAAGCUACCAUGCUUCUUAUAUUUAACAAUGCAGCACAGGGAAUUCUGUCCUCCUUUUUCUUCAAAUAUGCAGACACGAUCCUGAAGAAGUAUUCGUCAACUGUUGCCACAAUAUUCACAGGCAUAGCAUCUGCUGCAUUAUUUGGCCAUACUCUGACUAUCAAUUUCAUACUAGGAAUUUCAAUUGUGUUCAUUUCAAUGCACCAGUUCUUUUCACCUCUUUCGAAAGUUAAAGAUGAACAACAAAAUGGAGUUCUAGAAUUGAUUGAUGUUCCGAACGACCACAGGUCAAAGGAUUCUUCCUUCAUUAGUAUGGCAGCGGGUGCAAAUGAAGAGGCUAGUCAUCAUGUAGCAUCUGAUGAAAGACAGCCACUUCUUCCCACCUGAGGUUGCUGAAAGAGAUUUUUUUCCUUGGAAUUUUUUGGCUGCAAUUAUUGGAUGAUAGAAGCAAAAUAUACCAGCUGUCAGAAGGAUUCAAUAAUUUUUUUUAAAGGAAAAAAACUAGAAAGAAAUUUUUUUUUUUUGUCCCUACUUGUUUCUGUGUAAACCACUUCUCAUUAUGGGAUAUGGUGCCUAUGUAGAGUGUGUUUUCUCGCGAAGGACACUGGGGAGCAAGCCGAGAGAGUUUCAGUUUAGAUAGGGAAAAAAAAGAAAAGAAAACAGAGGCAUGCGUGGGCUCAUGUAGACUUUGUAUCCUCAGAUCUCUGCCUCACCUUUUAUAACGUGGGGGGGCGUUCCCUGUGUUAAUUGUAUUCUUUAUCUUAUAAUCAUUUAUGGAUGAAUCUUCUCCUUUA